UGCUCAUUAUCACACAUACAUAUAUUGUGUUACCCAGUGAGGAGAGGGGGACGUCUCAAUGCACUGUGCAAACAUCCUACUUGCUAUAUACCCAUCAAAAACAGGUGUUGUCUAUCACAAGACUGGCGGGAUUAUGGAAACGCACUCAUUAUUAUUUUCUCUGAAGAGCAGCUCUUGAGUAAAGAAAGAUGAUGAGAAUAUUUGGACAGGUCUUAUGUAAGAGAGGUUUUCGUAUCCUAGAAUUGUAUAGGCGUCAUGUAUCCGACUGCACAGUCACGUGGACACAACAAGCGUCCAUAUGUCAAGAAGAGCAACGCCUUCACCUGAAUGAGCCUCUCUCACAGAUGCCCUAACUACGUCGACCGGCCAUGGCUGUAAUAUUUACUAUUGAUUGACACACUAUGAGGUGUUCAAUCUGAAAAUCAACUAUUCGGCACAUACACGUAGUUCUAACCUGACCAUCCGUAUGCGAAUGGGAUUCUGUAUGAAAAUGCGUGUUGGAGAUGUAGGCUAUUUCUAAAGGAACCUUCAACUAUUCUGAACAUCAGCACAGAAGGAGCUUUUACACUGUGAACAAUCAACCAGCACAGCCAUGGCCUCCCUCGGUGGUCUGUUGCCAAGGGGAACAGUCCUUGCUGAAUGAUAGAAAUAUAGAGUUAAGGAAAGACGGAGAGACAGAGCAGCCUUGAGGUACAGAAGAAGAGAUGGUCGUCACCGACAGGAGUUCGAGCACUCCUGUGCCCAAGAAGCAGGAACCAAAGAAGAAGAAGAGGAAGUCCCGCCCCCAUGGCCUGCCCUCCCCAGCGUUGUGCUGUGCAUGCGGCCUGUGCAUCAUGCUGGCAGGCAUCAACAUCACCCUGGUGGGGGCAUUCGCCUUCAGCACCUUGGUGCCCUCUGCCAACCCUCCCAUCAUCAUAGGGCCCAUCCUGCUCCUGGUGGCCUUCUCUUUCUUCGGAGCGUGCUGUGUCUGCAGCCGCCUGCCCCCCGCCCAGGGCUCCCGGAGAUCGAAGGUGGGCGGGAGGAGCAUGGGGAUGAUGGGGCGGGGAGGUUUAGCUGGGGGAGCGACGUUUGAGAUCGAGACAAGUGAGCACACUUUGCAGGACACCACGGCAGUACAGCUCAGCCCCUCGGCCUCACCGGGGUCAUCACGGGCGUCCAGCCCCGAACGGGAUGCUCCUGACCCCGCCCCCCCAGGGACCUGCAAGCUCUUCACCAUGGAGACCAAUGGCCCCACCUCCACCACGGCCUACUACUCUGCCGCCUCGGCCGGAGGAGGGGCUGUGAGGCUCAACCUGCCACGUGAUGAUAUGGCCACCUAGCACAGCCCUGACUUACGCACUGAAGCAAGAGCUUCAUGCCCCAGGGGACUGAUGCAAAACUAUGUAAAUAUGAACUAGGAUUGAUGAUAUACAGACAGUGUUUCAGUGUGUCUAGCCAUUUUGUGUAGUGCCAUUUUUCAUGUUUAUGACAAGCUAUCAGAGUUUUAUUGCAUUUGCUUUUGUUUUUUCCAACAGCCAAACAGUAAUUAGCAUGCAAUUCAACGUUGAAGGAACGUGGGUGACGGUUUCGUUGGAAUUGAUGUUCCUACCUCCUCAGAACUGUUCUCUUUAGAAUCCUCUCUUAACAUGCAUGGGGCAUUAUUAUAAGCAGUUUCUAACCAGAAAGCAAAAUGAGGGAAUUGAAGCGUUUUCUCUCUGGCAUUUCUGAGGGGUAAAACAAAGUGAUGUGUCCCAUUUCUUUGACCGUCUGGACCUCAGUGAUGGACAUUUCAGCCGAUUACUCUGACGCAACUUUGUUGUUGUUGCCAGAACUGAAAGGUUUGACACGAAAUGGCAAUGAGUUUAAUGCUAUCAUUUAAAUACUUAGUGAUGUUUGACAUUACAGUAUGUGCUGCUUUGGUCUUAAAUUAGAUUCAAAGAUGGGGUCGCAAGAUUCCUUUGCAAUAUAAUCUCAACUGAAAGGAUCAGCAACAGAGGACUAAUAUUAAUUUUUCCUCAAUUGUUUCUACAGACAAAACAUUAUGGAUGAUAUGCAGUGUACAUCAGUGGCCUGCGGGCCAAAACUGGGUCGCAAGUGAUUCGUUUUUUGGAAUCAGAAUUUUUACUACAAACAUAGAAAUGCGCCAUUUUCCCAUACAGUGGCAAGAAAAUCCUUUGGCAUUACCUGGAUUUCUGCAUAAAUUGGUCAUAAAAGCCACAACAAUAAACAAACAGUCUGCUUAAACUCAUAAACAAUUAUACGUACUCAUGUCUUUAUUGAAUACCCUGUGUAAUAAUUUUUUUAUACCUUUUAUUUAACUAGGCAAGUCAGUUAAGAACA